CUCGGUCGACGAACGGUUGCCUGUCGGAGGAACACAUCCCCAUCGUCCACGAACCCAAGGCUCUCCACCUGUCCUUGCGCUACGGCAGCCGUAUGAAUAAUGACAUCGCCCGAAGGUGUUUCUCCUGGCCCCAUCGGUGACCGUUCUGCGACGUUUGAUGAUCCUACGCUGCCCACGACUGGCAGUGGCCACGAGUCGAGUCCCAACGGCCCUGCAAACGAUACCAACGACAAUGGAAAGGAGGAAAUAAACCCCGGGGAUUGCUCCACAGGCAAAAAGACGGCAGACAACAAUGUGAAGGCUCACGAGGAGCCACAGGAGCAAAUGCUGGAUGACUUCGGUCUGCCGGUCCGGGUGCGGCCUCGUCCGGCACGCUCCCUCAGCACCUCGUCGGAUGGAAGUGAUGAAUUCCAUGACGUACACGAGGAGGACAAGAGAAAUCCGGAAGUUGAAGGACCAGAAAAACAAGAGAGGAUGGCAGGAGACGAGAACUUAGCCGCACAAGUUGAUCAUAGCGACACAGAGAAAGGAGAAGAAGAAGAAGAAGACACUGCCCCUACGCCUGCUGUAGUAGAAAAGGCUCCUGUAUCUCCAAAAGGUGAAGAUACGCAGCGCGCCGAUGAGCCUACAACACCCACCGCGCAUGCCCAUCAGCCUAACGAAACCUUUUCGGAGCGGCCAUUGGAUGGAUCGAAUGUUGAAGAUGCUACCUCGCCUGCACCUACUCAUUCCCCGUCUCAACGCAGACACAAAGUGCAUGCCUCGGAAUGGUCUCACCAACGCCUCACCGACCAGCAUGAUGCAGAGGAUAGCGAGGAGGAGGAGGAGGAGGAUGGUGACGGCGGAUGGAAGGACAUGCCUGCUCUGGGUGAACUCGACUUUUAUGACGAUUACGGGCGAUUGGUGGCCAAGGGAGCCAAGGAGGAAGAUGAUGAAGCAGUCUACAGCGGCCUUGGUGGUGCGGGGAAGGGAUACACUCGAGUUCAGCUCGACGAGGAUGCCCAGUCUGCGACCAGUAUGGACGAAGACACGAGCUACUUGUUCAAGGAAACCAAUGGGAACUCCGCCGGGAUGGAAGGCGAGGAGCUGCGCGAUCAAAUGAGUCAACUGCAAGCCACGAAAACUCUGCUCACAGAGAGUCAGCGAAUAGCCUACGUGGGAGUUACCAGGUUGGCCAUGUUCCAAAUGGUCCGUGAGGCCGAGAAGAUGCCGUCCACCAAGCAAACGAAGAGGAUCAUGCAAAAAUCCGAAGAUUCGCUUAAGAAAUGGGGUCAGUCAAUUAUGGCUAGACUCUACCAUCAUAUGGACAUCGAUGCGGCCGAACAGAUCAUGAUAGAGCAACUCGCCGAACAUGGUGUUCAGCCAGAGGACUUGAUUCGACCACUGAUGCAAAAUUCACGAGUGAAGAAUCCGUUAGCCGGGGAUGCACCGGAAAACCCUGUCUCUUCGCCCUCUUCUCCCAGCCUGAAGCAAAUGUCUCGGCAGAGUCUCUCAUCGGAGAUGGAGAAGUCGUCGGAGCUUGGGUCACCACCCCCAUACGAGGCGCAUGAGGGUGAGGAUCUUCCUGAAGUCCGCACGCCGUCACAGCUCCCCACUUCAGACAAUAUCGACAUAGACCUUCGAUGGACAGUCCUCUGUGAUCUGUUCCUCGUUCUCAUUGCAGAUUCCGUCUAUGACGCCCGCUCACGGACUCUUCUGGAGAGGGUCGGGGAAGCCAUGGACGUCUCUUGGCUACAGAUCUGCCGUUUUGAGAAGAGGGUUAUUGACGCGCUCGAAAUGCAGGAAUCUGCCGACAAAGAAACAUGGGACGAAUCCGAGCACAUGGAAAACCGCCGGAAGAUGGCUUUGAAGAAGAAGUACAUGAUCAUGGGCCUGGCCACCGUCGGGGGUGGCUUGGUCAUUGGGCUUUCCGCGGGACUGCUGGCACCAGUGAUCGGAGCUGGUCUGGCUGCAGGAUUCACGACCAUCGGCGUAUCAGGGACUAGUGCCUUCCUGGGAGGUGUUGGUGGCACAGCCCUGAUUGCUUCUGGUGCGACCUUGACUGGCGGCACGAUAGGUAUGAGAGCCUCGCACAGACGGACCGGUGCCGUGCAGACCUUCGAAUAUCGCCCUCUACAUAACAACAAACGAGUUAACCUCAUCGUGACGGUGUCCGGGUGGAUGACUGGCAAGGUCGACGAUGUCCGAUUGCCAUACAGUACUGUCGAUCCCAUCAUGGGUGAUAUUUAUUCCGUCUUGUGGGAACCUGACAUGCUGCGCAGUAUGGGUGAUACUAUUAACAUCCUAGCGACAGAGGCUCUGACCCAGGGGUUACAACAAGUCCUAGGAAGUACCAUCCUUGUCGCCCUGAUGGCCUCCUUGCAGCUUCCGAUAGUCCUGACAAAAUUGUCCUAUCUGAUCGACAACCCAUGGAACGUGUCUCUCGCUCGUGCAACUUCUGCAGGGCUCAUCCUCGCAGACUCGUUGAUGAACAAUAAUCUUGGAAAGAGACCAGUCACCUUACUCGGCUUCUCGCUUGGCUCACGGCUGAUAUUUUCGUGUCUGAAAGAGCUUGCCGAAAAGGGCGCGCAUGGACUUGUCCAGAACGUCUAUCUCUUUGGUUCGCCGAUGGUGGCGAACAAAGAUGACUACUUGAAAGCCAGAAGUGUAGUCGCAGGCCGUUUCGUCAAUGGAUAUGCCUCGAAUGACUGGAUCUUAGGGUACUUGUUCCGUGCAACUAGCGGAGGGAUCAUGCGAGUGGCCGGUCUGGCGCCUGUAGAGGGAAUCCCUGGUAUCGAGAAUAUCGACGUGACCAAGCUCGUGAACGGGCACAUGGACUAUCGCGCGGCGAUGCCUCGGCUACUCCGCGAAGUCGGCUGGGAGGUGUUGAGUGACGAGUUUACCGAGAUCGAAGACCCCGACCCAGAGGACCAUGCCGCGCGCCAGCGAGAGCUGAUCCGUGAAAUCGACGAGGCACGCAAAGAGGCGGAGCUCAAGCCCGAGAAGAAGCGAUUCGGCCUCUUCAAGCGCGGCAAGCUGGCGGAAAAGAAAGGCUGGGAGACGUACGAUGUGAACCGCGCCGAGGGGAAGAGUCCCUCCUCGGGCGACGACUCUAGCGAGACCAACCCGGCCGGGUCGGUCCUUUUUGAUAUCGAUGCAAUCCGGGCGGAGCUCGCAUCCGAAGCGAUUCAAGUCAGAGAGUUGGACUCUACCUUACUCGGAUACCCCCCCGAGCCUCAAACCAGCCGCGAAGAGUGUCAAUGCCACAACACCACCACCACCACCUCGGCCUCAUCCCGUGGCGACGCAGCAACGAGAUUAUUCUUACGAUGAAGACGACAUCCAGAUGACCUUCGACACAUCGUACUACAGCUCACCUCCUCAGCGCAGAUACUCGUCCUCCCCCUUCCAGC